GGUACCAAUUUAUAUAUAGGGACUGUUUUUAUUAAGGCAGCCAUUGAUUCGAUUUUAUCAUAACCUCGACUUUGGCAUGCGAAUGAGCCCAACCGAGCAUAUGACAAAAUCGGGGUCUGACUGUAUUUUAGACGACGAUGCAGCGUAAAGAUAGUAAUAAUAAUUCUAUGGAACAAGGGAUAUAUAUGUUCACACUUCCGUUGAAAUUGGGAUCAUCGCUUGACAAGAAAGUACCUCCAGAUGCCCUACCGAUUUCAUUAUCAAGAUAUCAGAUGUUGCGGUUGCGUUUUGUUGCUCCAAUUGCCUUAGUUGUCACUAAAGAAUGUUUGUUUUCCUUCGUACUUCAUUUCGUUCAGUACAAUGCUUUCGGCAACUUUAAAAAUUGCCUUAAGGUCUGUUUCUGUUUUCAAGCAGGCGUUUGUUUGAAUGGAGUCAAUUAUACUAAACAUAUGUUUACAUUUUUAGUUUUACUGCCUUAUUCAAAUGAUGAUCUAUUGCAAUUCUUUUUUUCUCUUUUUAAAAAGUAGCCCAAGCAGAGACAUAACAAAAAGUGAGGCUUAUGUCUCGUAAAAAAAAAGAAAGGAAUGAACUAACC